GACGAAAAUGGAGGGAAGAGAGCGGAAGAGUCACACAUUGCGACACUCCGCGCCGCGCCUCACGUGUAAUCGAAACAAUCUCUCACCACGCGCACCGCGGCCCAUGGGACUCAUGUCGUAGUACAUGUUUCGUGGUUUUGGUCGCCUGAAAAGUACGCUUCUGUUUGUUCUCCGCAUGAAACGAAAGCUGGAUCUGAUAUCAGACGGUCCGUCGCUGAAGCCCGGGAUGCGUGCCAUCUCGCUCAACCCGCGCGAGAAGCAGUUCAAAGGCCUGCUGUUAGAUGUCGCGAGGAGCAUCCAUGACAAGGCCAAGGUCGAGGCGGCCGCGGUCGCUGUUGGCUCUGCAGCCGAGUCGGAGCCUGUCGUGCUCCGCUGGGCGGGCGGCUGGGUCCGGGACAAGCUGCUGGGCAUAGAGAGCCACGACAUCGAUGUGGCCAUCAACUCCAUGACCGGCGAGGCCUUCACGAGCCACCUGGUCGAGUUCUGCGCCGACCCCGCCAACGUCGAGCGCCAUGGCGUCACGCCCGGCGACAUCGGCAACCUGCACAAGAUCGCCGCCAACCCGGACAAGUCCAAGCACCUCGAGACGGUGGCCACGCGCAUGUUCGGCAUCGAGGUCGACUUUGUCAACCUGCGCAAGGAGACGUACGCCCAGGACAGCCGCAACCCGCAGAUGGAGUUUGGGACCGCCAAGGAGGACGCCCUGCGCCGCGACGCCACUGUCAACGCGCUGUUCUACAACAUCAAUACAGACGAGAUCGAGGACUUUGUCGGCGGCAUGCUCGACCUGGAACGCAAGCUGAUCCGCACCCCGCUGGAGCCGCUGCAGACCUUCACCGACGACCCGCUGCGUGUGCUGCGCCUCGUGCGCUUCGCCAGCCGCCUGGGCUUCUCCAUCGACCCGGCCGCCGAGGAGACCAUGAGCAAGCCCGCCGUGCUCGAGGCCCUGAGGCUCAAGAUCAGCCGCGAGCGCGUCGGCAUCGAGGUCGACAAGAUGCUCAAGGGCAAGCACCCGCGCGACUCGCUGCACCUCAUCGAGCGCCUCAGGCUCUACGGCGCCGUCUUCACCGACCCGACGCGCGGGCAGGAGGGCGUGCCGACGCCCGACAUUUCCCGCUGGGCGGCCGCCUACGAGUGCAUGCAUCACCUGGCUGGCAACCGAACCCCCGGCUCCAUCUACAACGUUCUCGUGCGCACCGAGGAGGACGCCGCCUUCGGCUGGACCAUCGCCGCCCUGCUGCCGUGGGAGGCCCUGCCGGCGGCCGAGGUCCCGACCAAGGGCACGCACACGCUACCACUGGCCACGCUUGCCGCGCGCGAGGGCAUCCGGGCCGGCAACAAACUAUGCGACAUAGUUACGGCCAUGCAUCGAAACCGCGCCCAGAUUGAGGAUCUUAAGCGUGCCGUGUGCGCGGGAGAGGCGCGGGCGCGCCAGCGUGACCUGAUGGGCAUGGCGGUCCGCGCCUGGGACACACGGACGGGCAACUGGAGGCUGCAGGUCCUGGGGGUCGCGCUGCUCGAGAUUAUGCAGCGAUCGGAUACGGGCGAUUCGGCACAAUCUAAGGACAGUGCCCUCGACACCCAGUCUGGCCAACCCCUCGGGAAUCCCGCAGCCCGAGACGAGGUGCUGGCCGGCUGGCAAAAGUUCCUCGACCACCUGGACGAGCUGGACGUGCUGGAGGCGCCGUCGUUCAAGCGCCUGGUGGACGGGAAAAUGCUCUCCAAGGCGUUGGGGGUCAAGCCGGGCAAGUGGAUGACGCCGGCCAUGGACGUGUGCAUGGAAUGGCAGCUCCGAAACCCAGGCGUGACGGACACGGUGGGUGCCAUAGACGAGGUUAGAAAACGUGCCGACGAGCUAGGCAUCGUUGGUGUGGCCAAGGCAAACUGCUGAUAUGCCCCCAGGCGUUGGGGCAGUAUUUUAUUGGCCUCGGUUCUUAUCUUGUGUCAGUUUUAGACAUCUCACUUGCUAGAUUCUGAAGACACAAUCAGUGAAAGUCUAGGCUUUGGGUAGCAUCCAUGCUCAGCUCCCCGCGUGCCAACCUUACCCCACAACAGUGCAGCGAUCCACUGUUGGCC